CAGACAGCGCGUGACUCAACCGAAGAAGAGUUGUUACGUCGUUGCUAUGGAGAUUUUAAUCGCAACCAUCCUGAAUAAAUAGUAUAGUGUUUUUACCGACACCAAAUAAAUCAGCAUCAUGUCUGACACCACAACUCUUAAAAUCUCUUACAUUUUUCCAAAUGGAGACAAAUAUGAAGGCGAAUGCUGUCGUACUUCAGAUGGUGUGGUUAUAAGAAAAGGGUCUGGCACACAGACAUCAGCCUCUGGAGUUACAUACACUGGAGAAUGGGACAAUGAUAAGAUGAAUGGCAGAGGAACUCUCACGCACCCCUCAGGGGCGUUUUACAGCGGCCUGUUCAGAGACAACAUGUAUCACGGCAAAGGAACAUAUCGAUUUCCUGAUGGGACAGAAUACACAGGAAGUUUUAACAACAACAGAUUUGAAGGUGAAGGGGAGUUCACAGAUUCACAAGGACUUGUGUGGAGCGGGACGUUCCAUAACAAAGCUGCUCUGGGAUUGAAGCUCAAAGUCAAUAUGUGACAUGCACACAAACACACACCCUUUAAAUGUAUACGGAAAAAUGUUUUCUGUACUUUUUCUUUAUUAGAUGGCAUUCGGUGAGUGUUAAGCAUACAAUCACUAGACCAAACUUUGACCAAACUCAGAUUUUUUAAAUAGUGACAUUACAAGCCUUUUAUCAAGAUUAUGAAGCAAUCAUCUGAGUCGACGCAAAGUUGAAAGAAUAACCACCCGUGAAUCUAUUGAAAGAGAUCAAAGAUACACAGUGAUGCAUUACCACAGCUAGCAGCCCUGAGGCAUUGAUGAGAUCCAAUGAAAUAACUUCAGUUCCGCAGCAUCCACUGAACAUCAAGAACACAUGUUCCCACACACACUGCACUUCUCAAAGAAUCACUACUUUGUUUUAGGGCAAAGGGUGAGAGGAAUGUGAUUCUCUGUGUACGGUUCAGCCAUUGGUGGAGCACAUCUCCAAAAUACAUGGACAAGCACCAGCAGCAGAGCUCAUGACUGCGGUGAGAAGUCAGGAGUUGUGUAAGACCGUAAAGCUCAAUUUCCUGUCCUCUGGUGUGAGAAUGUGUUUCUUGUGGAUAAAGAGCUCAACUGGCUACCAGCCUCCAGUUCACUUCUAAAUCUGCUUUAAAUGAACCCGAAGCUCCAGUGCGUGAUUCCACCUGAAACCGAAUAACUUUUCGAGGGUGUUUUAUUUGUUUCAUUGUUAUACCGCAAAUAAAUUGGGUAUGACUCAA